AUGUCAUUUCUGACUGGAAGAGGAGAGCGAUUUCCUACCUCGGUCAGAGGAGCACACUGGAGCACAGAAGUGCAGCAUCACUGUGAGCCCAUCGGCUUUUCUGCAAGUAUUAAAGGCAAAGACUGCCAACCUAAGGAGCGCCCUACUCCCGAGGGUGCCAGAGGGUCCAGGGGCGACCCACAUCGGAAUAUGUGCCAGAGAGCAGACGCUGUCCCCUCCUACAGGUCCCUCCCUGGAUCUGUCGGAGACCGCAUCAGGAGUACUAUGUCGUUUGGUAGUGGGACCAUAUGCAGAGGCUCUAUGUCGGCGAAUCCUGGCUUUGGGAGGUCUGUGAGGAAAGUUGCGUGUUGUGAGAAGUGCUCAGCGACCCUUGUUGCUCUGAAGAAGCAAGCGCUGAGUCUGGCUGUGCACCAUCACUUCUCCUGUAAGGACUCAAAUGACCUGUCAGCAUUUCUUAAUGACAACCUUCGUGUCCAUAGUCGGUCCACCAUUGAAUCCAGAGACAGGGAGAGGGACCAGGGCCAGUGUGCAGCCUGUGGAACAAACCUGAACCAGCUCAAACAAGAGGCCAUCCACCUGGCCCUGAGCAGGGGUCAGUCAUUAGCUAAGCCUCCCUUUGAACCCAGCCUCAGCACUGGCACACUGCUGGGACAAAGUGAGACAAAGCAUGGGGAUAGGGCUUCAAGGGAAGCGCAUCAACCACACAGUCGAACCCACAGUCCUCACAGCCCACAGAGCCCCAGGACACCUCAGAGGACCCCUCAAACCCUCAGACGGAGGGGGCCUAAGCUCCCUAACCCCGAUAUGGACCGCUGGGUAGAGGAGCAGCAGGAGCUUGUUGCUUCUAAAUCUGUGUCCAACACUGAUGGUGUCACCGUCUACCCUUACCAUCAGGCUGCAGAUGAUGCAACACUGGGCUCUGGUAAUGCUGGGACCGUACAGACGAGCUCAAAGAUCCCUCACAUAUCCAGAGUGGUGACCAUUGCUAACACUGCUGCUAUGUCCUUUUUGGCCAGGGCAGCUGAGAAGCUCAACCUGACAUCGAGGAAAAAAGGACAGGCUUCUGAUCCAGCUCCUGCGCAUUUCUCCACCUGCUUCAGGGACAUCGUCCAGAAAAACCCACCCCCUGUCCCCUCCUGCCUGCUCCAAGCUGCCACCAGAACCAAAGACUCACCCAAUGUUGGCAAGGUCAAAGUCGUGCUGAGGGUAAGCCCAACACUGUCAGGGGGCCAAGCCCAACCACCUGUUCUCCAGAUUGACCCAUCCAAGAAAAGAGUCACCAUCAUGGAGCCAGUCAGCAAAAGCCAACCACCCACUACAAUGAUACUAGGCAGGGAUGGCAAAAAUCUUCUGAAGACAUUCAACUUUGAUGCAGCCUAUCCUCAGGAGUCAAGCCAGGCUGAGGUGUGUGCAGGCGUCUUGGCUGAUGUCAUCCGCUGUGUGCUCAGUGGCAGCGAUGGAUGUGUUCUGGGAUUGGGGUGUGCUGAUGUGGGCUCCUGGUCCAGCAUGGUGGGAAGUGAUGAGAGCAUCCACAGGCUCGGGCUGAUUCCAUAUGCCAUCUCCUGGCUGUACACUGCCAUCGAGCGGCGGAGAGAGAAGACCUGGACUGAUCUGACAGUGUCAGUGUCUGCCAUUGAGCUCUGCUGUGGAGAGGAGGACAAACUGAGAGAUCUGCUCGGGGAGGUCGUCCCGUCAUUAGGCAGUAUCCAGGACAGCCCGAGAGCACGUAUUAGACUUCAAGAAGACCCUGUCUACGGGGUACAGCUACGUAACCACAACCGGGUCAAGGCCCCCACUGCUGAGCGUGCUGCUUCCCUCCUGGACGCAGCCAUUGCAGCGCGUCGGCACAGUGACUUCAUUACGUACCUGUCCCACACUUCCAUAAUGUUCUUCACUCUCCACGUCCAGCCCCCUCGUACAGAAAGCAGCACCAUUGGAAAAGGUUCUCGUGGCCCCACCAAGUUGACCAUGAUAGAUGUGUGCAGUGGUAUGAGGGGUAUGAGCAGAAAUAAACCUCCUCAUGCUGAACUAGGCCCUGUGGUCUUGUCUCUACUAAGUGGACAUAAAACCACUCCCAGCAAGGGUAGUAAGCUGGCUAUGCUCCUUCGAGAGUCCUUGGGUCAUACAAAUUGCCACACCACAGUGAUUGCUCAAGUGGCUGAUUCACUGUCUCACCUUCAAGAAACCUUAUCCACCAUCCAGCUGGCUUCCCGCAUUCGCAGGACACAGAAAAGGACAAAGCAGUCCACCUCAUGCUCUCCUUGUGGGAGGAGUUUGACUAGAGAAAAGAGAGGGCCACAGUCUUUGUCCCUGCGGGCGUUCCACUCCACUGAUGAGGUAGAUGUUGACAUCCAUCCUUUCCGUCUACGUGGUGAACUAGAUGAGCAUUCCAGUAGUGACCAGUCCUGUGACACCGUCAUCCAAAUAGACUCAGAUGGCUUCAUCCAGCCUAAAGCACCCCCAAGGCUGGCACAACCUGAAUUUGUGCCCAUCAUACCUUCUUUGCAUCCUAACAAGGCCGACUUGGAAGACCCAGAGUUUACCGCUCUCCUCCAAGAGCUUUUGAGAAUUCCUCAGCUACAAAGAGAGAAGAAGAGCGAGGAAACUGUUCAAGGGAAUACUGAAAUGCUCAAAGCAGAUAUGAAGCCGCCAGAGAGGGACUGUCUUAAAUGUGAAACAUUUGCUGAACUUCAAGAACGUUUGGGCUGUAUCGAUGGAAGUGAGAUGACAGUGGAUCUGCUCAAGUCAUCCUUGAAAAACCCUUCAGUUAACAAUGUCCCAACCAAUUCACAAGCCCAGAAAGAAGCAGGGAAGCAGACAGACUCUGAUUCAUCAGCAGCACCACAGACGUUGUUGAAUCAGGGGUUAGGCUGCAGUCAGACCUCUGCUGGAGAAAAGCAAACAGAUGGUGCCUUCCCUGGAGACAGUUUUCAGAGAGAGGAUUCAGGUCUGUACGACUGUGAGGAGUGCAGUGCAACCAGUUCCAGUGAGGAGCUCCUGAAUCAAACCCUCAGUCUGAACAUGACCUGUCGCUCUGAUCGCAACACUGGAACUCUUCAGUCAGGUGAUAAACUUCCUUCUCAGGACUUUAAUGGGGAUCCUCAGGGCAUUGCCGUCACCAGUUCAGUUCAGCCUACUGGAAAACAGGAGAGUCCUGAAGCUGCUGACUGGUUCAAACCAGACAAAAGGACAUCUCCAGUUGGCAAAAGCUCCCCCAUAUCUCCUUCUUCCUCCUGCUCCUCUUCACAGUCCCUGGCUACAAGUGUUAUUCAUGGAGGUGUCUUAUCUAAUCGCCCCGCAGAGGAUGUUAAGGAAAUGAAGGCCACCAUCACAGUGACUGUUCAACAGCCUCUGGACCUAAAAGGUCAAGAUGAACUUGUCUUCUCUAUGGUAGAGGAGGUGACCAUCAGUGGAGCGUUGAACAGCGCGAGGACAGGCGGAAACAUUAUUUGUAUCAGAGACACCGCCCAGUCACAGACACAUGCUCAAAGCUCUGCCAGCUCUCAACCAAUCAGGAUAAUCAGCAAUGUCAGUGAAGAAUCUGCAGCCGCAGGUUCCUCUAAUGCAACCAAAAGCUCUGUUGUUCAGCCUGCAGCCACAGAGGCUGGCACUGAAAAGCCCCAGCAUCAAUUCAGAAGGGAAAAAAGGUUUUUACCUUCAUUUAUUAAUCCCAUGCUGAUUAAUACAGAUGUGGAUUCUGAUUUGGAUGAUGCUAAAGAAAAAGACAGUCCUAAUGACACUUUUAUGAGAGUCAAGUCAGGGUCUGAGCUCAAAAGAAAUAAUGUCAAAUGUCCAGAAGAUAGGAAGACUCUUGAAAAGACGGAUGUAGCCUUGGCCUCUGAAACACAGGUCAGAAAGUCAGAUAAAGUGUGUGACUCACCUUUUAGCCAAAUUUCUUUUGACCCAAUGGUCUUGGAAGAUUCAGCUUUCUGCAAUGAAACUGCAGAGAACAAAAUGUGUGGAAAGAGACCAAGAAAUACAGACAAGAGACACGCUAGAGACAGGGAACAUGUUUAUUCCACUAACACUCAAAGGAGCUCAGAGGAGGGAGAAAUCAGCUCCAGACGUGUCGGGAAUGGCCCCAAGAGAAUUGGUGUUUCACCUGGUUGCCAAGAAACCGCCCAUGCUUCUUUUAAAACAGGUAGUUUGCCUAGAGGCUGGCAAAAUGCCAAUCACCAGGACAGCUACCAUGUCAGUCACAUGGCAGACGACCACAGAGACCCAAGGGGGGUGACAUCAUCCACCCCAUGUAGCCCUGGGGUAACUCUGGAGAGAAGGCAUGGCAGACAGCACUCCCCAGCGAACCACAGCCUCCAUGUAUCCUCUCCUCGGAAAUAUGGGUCAGAGCACAAACAGGAAGCUUGUAGCACUCCCAGAAAGGGUGUUGGAUCUUUGUUUGAAACCUCAAGUCUAAGAAUGAAACAUGAUCAUAUGUGUGGGGGGGUGAAGUCACCCAUUGAGGACAGUGGCAGGCUUUUCAGUGCAAAACUGGAGCAGCUGGCUAGCAGGACAAAUUCCCUUGGGAGAAUACCAAGCGACUUCUCAACUCUGGAUAGAGGCAGCAGCAACACCUCUAUGAGCUCUAAGGGGAGCUCCAAGGGAAGUACUGAAGGGGCUUGUAAGGGAAGUUAUAAAGGAAAUAAUGAGGGACAUUGUACUUUACCGAGGGCUAGCAGGAGCCCCAGGAAGAAUCCUCGGUCUGAUCAGAGUCAUCACUUCUUCUCUUCAGAAAAUCCUGUAAUUCAAUCUGCUAAGCAUACCCAUUACAAGCUCUCUGCUGUCGGGAAACUUAAGAUGGCUACCCCCAAAGUCCGCCGACUGUCUGCCCCCAGCAUCAAGAACCUCAAUCUCUCCCACAAAGGCUUGCGACAGUCCAUUAGCCGUAGCUCCAGUCUUUCCCCAGACAGUAAAACCGUUAGCUUUGAGCGGACGUCCUCCUUUCUCUCCUCUUCCCCUCCACAGUCUUUUCACUCCAUCAGUCGUACUCCAAGUCAGAGCUCCACAUGCUCAUCCACAAAAUCUGCCAUCCAGAGUUUUGUCAACGGCCGGAUCUCAGACCUCCUCAAGGAAAGGGCCUCCAGCCCCACUUCAGGAGGAGUGGACCAAACUACCUCUCUUCCCUCACCAUACAGUCAGGUGACUGCUCCCCGCAUGCCCGAUCACCUGAGUGGGCAUGCGAGCGACACCACCAGUGUGUUGAGUGGAGAUUUGCCACCUGCUAUGGGGAAGACAUCGCUGUAUUUCUCUAACAGGAACAGUUUGGUCAGCAGCGGAUACGACAGCAUGAUGAGGGACAGCGAAGCCACAGGCAGCAGCACCUCAAACAGAGAUUCUGUCAGUGACAGGAGCGGCUCUCUCCUUAGUGUGGCUCGCAGCUGCCGAUCAUCUCGGAGGAAAGGCAGCACAGGUACUCACCAGCGUCGUCUUUCCCAUGAUACAGCCCAGUCCCUGAGACGCUCUGCUAGUGGUCUUCGGUCUCGCUGGGUGGAUCGGGGAAUCCCAGAAGCCUACGAGAUCAAGGUCUAUGAGAUCGACAAUGUGCAGAGGAUGCAGAAAAGAGCAGGUGCUGGCAAACAGGGCCCAGCAUGCUUCAGCGCCAAGCUGAAGUUUUUGGAGCACCGUCAGCAGAGGAUCUCAGAGGUCCGAGCCAAAUACAACGACCUGAGGAGAGAGCUGGAGCAGGCCAAACACAACCUCAUGCUGGAGCCUGCCAAGUGGAACCAAGAGUUUGACCUGUGGCAGACGUUCGAGGUGGACUCCCUGGAGCACCUGGAGGCCCUCGAGGUGGUGACGGCUCGGCUGGAGAACAGAGUCAGCUGCUGCAAGGCCAACGUCAUGAUGGUCACGUGCUUCGACGCCACCUCCAGGAGACGGCAUAAGAAGAGACGGCGAAGAGCGCCAGAGCAGAGAGCCUUCAAGGGAAAUCUAAGCUGA